AUGUUCAGCACCCGCAGCACAAGGCUGUUGAUAUUGGCGCUCCUCAUUACCGUCGCCUUUCUCUACGUCGGCUGGGAGCGGCCGUUGGCAUGGGGUGGCUUACCUGACUUCGCGAGUGAUCCGACAACUGGAGAGGUGGCGGAUGGGAAGGCAAAUGCGCUGCCAUCCAGUGGUGAUGCUCUUCGUCCACCCGCGUCUUCCAUUCCGGACCAGAAGGAACCAGAGUCCUCGGGCCAGGAUGCACCGAAACCAAGCAAUGACUAUGGUGGCGAUGGGGAGGAGGAGGCUGGCGAUGACUACGAUUUCCAACGCCCGACGAGCCCUGGAGAUAUUCCGCCCCCGGCCCCAGCUAAUCCCGGGAAAGUUGACGAAGGAGCUCCAGAACCGACGGUGGACUGUCCUAUGGAGGCGGUGAUCAAGGAUCCAGAUCUGUACCGACUGUUCCAGAACAGCUUCCCGAACACACUUGACACCAUGGUCAAGUGGCAUGGCUACGCCCAAGAGGACGGAAAUGAUACGACGGAGGAGCUGAGCUAUAUCAUUACUGGAGAUAUCGAUGCUAUGUGGUUGCGUGACAGCGCAAGCCAGCUGUACUCAUAUCUGCACUUCCUCUCACCGGAAGCCUCUUCAGUCAAUGGCAACAUCAAGAGCCUGAACUCACUCUGGAGGGGUCUGAUCAAUUCACACGCUCGCUACAUAAUCAUCUCUCCAUACUGUCACUCCUUCCAGCCGCCUCCCGAGUCUGGGAUCCCACCUACCGUGAACGGCGCCUACCACAACAACAACCCCCAGCCGGGCUACAACCCGUCUGAGGUCUUCGACUGCAAGUGGGAGCUCGACAGCCUGGCCUCCUUCCUCCAGGUCAGCUCCGGCUAUUACGAGCGCACCAAGGACCUAGCCUUCUUUGGGCGGUACCGUUGGGUGGACGCCGUCAAGGCAGCCGUCGACGCUGCGGCCGCCAUGAGGGUGGGGACAUACGACGAGGAGGGCCGGGUGUUACCUUCGGCGUGGAGCUUCACGGGCUGGACGAACAGGGGCUCGGAGACGCUCACCAACGACGGGCUGGGGAACCCGAGCAAGACGAACGGCAUGGUGCGGACGGCGUUCCGCCCCAGCGACGACGCGACGAUCUUCCAAUUCCUAGUGCCAGCCAACAUGAUGUUUGCGAAGUACCUGGAGGAGGCCUCCGUCAUCAUGGAGGGGCUCGCGGCCAGCGGCGCCUCAAUCCCGGGGAUGGACGAGGAGCAGACAGCGCUGGCGGCGAACCUGACCACGGAGAUGCGCGAGCUGGCCCUGGGGAUCCGCCGCGGCAUCGACCGCGAUGCGGUCGUCGAGCACCGCGACUUCGGCGAGAUCUUCGCGUACGAGUGCGACGGCUUCGGUGGUGUCAACCUCAUGGACGAUGCCAACAUCCCCAGCCUGCUGGCGAUGCCGCUGUUCGGGUACGCGCAGUCGCGGUUCGAGCUGCCCGAAGGCGUGGCGCGGCGGGACUACGCGAAGAUCUACCAGAACACGAGGCGUUUCGCGCUGUCGCUUGCUAAUCCCUACUAUGCCAAGGGCCCUAUGAUAUCUGCCGUCGGAGGCCCGCACCUGGGUCCUGGGAAGGCGUGGCCUAUGGCUGCACUGGUGGCUGGCAUGACAGCCUUUGACGAGGACACUGGGCUUGUCGGGGCCAAGGGGAAGGGAGGCGUGGAGGAGGUGGUUGUGGAGCAGCUGGGCAUGGUUCUCAACUCGACGUCUGGCAUGGGCGUUGUCCACGAGAGUGUAAACUCGUGGAAUGGAAAUGCCUUCACGCGCGCGUGGUUCGGCUGGGCAAAUGGCUUGAUGGGCGAGCUGAUCAUUAGGAUUGAAGAGUGGGAGAGGAAGGCUAAUGAGUUGAGCGGGGAAGGAUUGCUGGGUAGGAGUUGGCAGUAG